GAUCGUAUUUAAUAAGUUUAUUGCACCAAUCUUUAAGGUGGCAAGAGAUAUUGUCCUAGCUGUUUGAGUAGGAGUUAUUUCAUACCAAUAACAAUACUAAAAUACUGGAACAAUUCAGAAGUGUUAGAUAUGUGGUCUCUAUGAAGGAGUAAUAUAUUAUUACCUGAUUCAUGUUCAUUUACUUCACAUCCUCCGAAACGUGUGUCAACAUCUAGAAGUGAUCUUUCGAAUUUUAUAUAAAUAAAACGUGCUAUUCGUGUGUAUCGCAAUAUUUGCAUAUUGGAAUUAUACACUUAAAGCCUAUUAGCUAACAUUGCAUUUGCACCACUCGCAUGUUGACAUAAAAAAAAGUGAAAACUGGAACGCAAAUAUAAAGGAAAUGCAAUAUUUUAAAGGGAGUGUUUCACCAUCGUACUAAGUUUAUAACUGCUUUUACAUAUUAUUUCAUGAUAGCAGAAACUUAACAAUGAAGGAUUGUAGUGGAUGUAAGGAAUUGCGAGAAGAAUUUAGAGCAAAAAGAUUUGGACUUCAUCAUGAAAACCCAUCUCUAUUUGUUAAAUCUCAGUGGUUCAGACCAAACUUUUAUAUAUUCUGGGUUGUGUUUUGGAUGUUAUUCUACACAGUUAUGCUGUGUUUAGAUAUUCAUUACAAUCUUGGCCUGGAUGGGGAAUAUUUCAUCUAUUUAACCAACUGGUCGUACUUAAUUCAAGCAGCGCACGUGUUCAUUGAAUUCGGAGUGACUGUAUUUACACAAACAAAACGUAAAGAUAUAAGAGAUG